AUGUCUCUAUGGACCCGCGACGACUACACAGCCGUGUGGAUAUGCGCCAUCCCACUGGAGCUCGCCGCCGCCUGCGCAAUGCUCGACGAGCGCCAUGAUCCACUGCCCCUCGACCCGGACUCGCGAGAUACAAACAAUUACGUUCUCGGCCGUGUGGGGUCUCACAAUACCGUCGUUGCAUGUCUGCCGUACGGUGUAACGGGUACAGUCUCCGCUGCACGCGUGGUAAACCAGAUGCUCGCGACAUUCAAGCGCAUCAAAUUCGGGCUUAUGAUCGGAAUCGGAGGCGGAGCGCCGAGUGAGAGGCACGAUAUCCGACUGGGAGAUGUCGUUGUGGGCAGUCCGACCGGGCUUUUCGGGGGUGUUGUUCAGUAUGAUUUUGGCAAGACGGUGCAGAGGGGUCGGUUCCAGCGCACGGGGAUGCUCAAUAAGCCGCCAGAGGUCUUGCUCACGGCUUUGAGUAAUCUGCAGGCGCGGCAUCUGAUGGAGGGACAUAGGGUCGAAAGCAGCCUGGAGGAGAUGGUUAGGAAGUACCCGCCCAUGAGUUUCCAGUACGCGCGUCCUACUACUGAUGUUCUCUAUCGGGCGGACUAUGAGCAUCCGGAGAAUCAGCCCACGUGUGCGUCGUGCGAUACUGCGCAGCUUGUACCGCGUCCCCCUCGGCCAUUGGGCGUCUCGCAGUUGCGGAUUCACUAUGGACUUAUUGCUUCGGGCGAUCAGGUUGUGAAACACGGUCGGAUGCGAGAUCAACUGCGGGAGGAACUCGAUGUGCUUUGUUUCGAGAUGGAAGCCGCCGGUCUGGUUGAUAGCCUUCCUUGUCUGGUUAUUAGGGGAAUCAGCGAUUACGCCGACUCUCACAAGAAUGAUAUGUGGCAGGGCUAUGCGGCAGCUGCUGCUGCUGCUUAUGCAAAGGAAUUGAUGCAUGUCAUCCCAGUGGCGAUCAGCGAGAGACAGCCUGUUCGUGUUGGAGCCGACAGUAGCACAAGCGAGAUGCGCUUCAAAGUCCAGCAAUGGCUGUCUCCUGCCAGUUUCAAAGACGACCUGUAUAACCACCAGAAGGAAUACAUGGACGGCAGCUGCGACUGGGCGCUUGAACGGCCCGAGAUUGCGUCCUUCCAAAGUUUCUCUGAUGGCUCGGAAAUUCUCAGCAUACGCGGGCCUCCUGGUAUUGGAAAGUCCACAUUGACAGCCUUUCUCAUCCGCCGGCUUAUUGACGCUGGCCACUCUGUGCUCUACUUUUUCUGCAAAGACACCGAGGGGGGCAAGAGUAAACCCUACCAGGCACUCCGGACUAUAAUCUCUCAGAUUCUUGCGGCAGAGGAUGGGCAAGACCUUGUGUCGUGGUUGGAUAAGGUCCGAUUGGAAAGUGGACAACGACAGGCCGAAUCGUUUGCAACCCUUCACGACUCAUUCUGUCACGCACUUGCUGUUCGUUCGGUUUCAGAAAGACCAAUUUAUCUUGUUGUCGACGCUCUCGAUGAAUGCCAAGAUGGCCGUCUGCUAGCCUCGACCUUGACUGCUGCGCUGAAUGCAUCCAAACGGCCCUUCAAACUUCUACUAACCAGUCGCGAAGAACCUGACCUGCUGGAAUUCUUCCAAAAGUAUAAAGAACAUAGCUCGGAGGCAGGAUUGGCGGCGUUACACGAACUGACCAUCCUCCCCUUAACAAUCCAAGCGCCCGUAGUUGCCUACGUCAAGCAACGCGUCGCUCACUUCCAGCACAUCCGCGCAACGCCCCUCGGCCAACAAGUGUUUAAUAAUGUCUCGGCAGCAUCUGAUGGCUCCUGGCUCUACGCAAAGCUCAUCCUUGAUGAGAUCGAGCGCCUACCCAGUCCAGUCUCGAUAGCUCGACACUUGAAGAACAUCCCCACGGGCCUUGUGCAGCUAUACCAUACGAUCUUCGCCACCGUUGAAAAGUCGCUGUCUCCCGCGGAGCUUUAUCUCGCGCAGCAGUUGUUUAUCUGGAUCGAUAUGAAGGAUUUCGUUCUUGUGGGGAGGAAUGCACUAGAUAGGGAUGUCUUGGAUAUCGUCUUCCAGGCUGCGAAUGACGGGGAUGAGGUUUUUGAUUCGAUUGGGCUUGCGAGGAAGCUUUGUUCGCCGCUGAUUACGCUCAAAUCAAGCCGGAAGAGUGAGGAGACCGAGACGAGCGUGAUCGUUAGCUUUGUUCAUCAUACAGCGAUGCAAUUCGUACGCCAGAGCGCUGUGCGGAAUACCCCCUCGAUGAGCAUACCAGUGAUUCUCAAGCCACAACCGCUCAAAGCGCUCCACCGCGCAAGCACAGCGAUGUGGUAUUUCAGGGAGAGCAAAAAGUGCAUGAAAUUGCUCCAAGGGCUCGCCAAAGAACCCGAUAACACCGAUACGCUCGAGCCAGGCGCGUACUUCGAGAUGGCAUACGCACUUUGGGGCGCAUUCUACCUCGAUACUCUACCAGAGCAACUCGACGACGACGAUCUCCAGCAGGCGUCUAAGCUGUGCACGCAACUGACGGAAUUCCUCCUCUCGGCUCCGUGUCUCCGCUGGGUUGAGCUGGCCAUUAUCAUUAAUUACCGCUGGGGCUACGUCCAUCUUUUCAAUAAUGUGACGGCGGCACUGAGGGCCGCGGAGGCUGCCGUAAAGCCACGUUUUGACCAUGGGCAUGAGAAGAAGGACCUUGCAGCCUUCCAAGUCUUCUCCGUCGUCCGCCUUGAAUUUUUUGCUGAUUUCGCAUACGUCAUUUCCUGUACUGGGCCGGCCUAUCGUCGGAGGUCGCUGGCUAUGCCCGACGGGUUUGGGAGUCGGCCCGCGGCGAUGAGUCUAAUGAGGCUGGGGAAUAAGUGGGCGCACCUGUACACAAAUAAGAUAGGAUAG